AUGCCCCCAACCGUCGACUCCAUCCCCCCCGGCUCCACCGUCCUCGUCACCGGCGCCAACGGCCUCCUCGGCUCCAACAUCACCGAAGAGUUCCUCGCCGCCGGCUACCACGUCAUCGGCACCGUCCGCUCCGCCACCCGCUGCGCCUGGCUCCCCGCCUUCUUCUCCUCCCGCACCACCACCAGCACCACCACCACCCCGCGCGGCCGCUUCACCCUCCACGAGCUCCCAGACCUCGAAUCCGAGCCCGCCUACGCCGCCCUCCUCGCCGCGCACUCCUCCAUCUCCGCCAUCUGCCUCACCACCUCCGUCCUCGACCCCUCGCAGACGGACCCGCGCGCCGUCAUCCCCGCCGCCGUGCGGUGCGUGCUGCCGCCGCUGCGGGCGGCGGCGAAGGCCGAAGCCGGUUCUGCUUCUGCCCCCAGCGUGAAGAAGGUCGUGCUGACGGGCUCGGCGUUCGGGGCGUGGACGCCGCGGGCGGGCGGGGCGGGCGGGGCGGCGGCGCCGCGCAGGUUGACGGCGGCGUCGUACAACGAGGAGGCGGUGGCGGCGGCGUGGGACGAGGGGUGGGACGAGGGUGGGAAGGGCGACGCGGUGGCGCGGGGGGCGGCGGUGCUGAUGGCGGCGUUUGUGGAGAAGGAGAGGGCGGCGUGGCGGUUUGUGGAGGAGGAGGAGGAGGCGCGGCUGGGGUUCGGGGUGGAUGUCGUGUUGGUGGGGACGGUGUUGGGGCGGGUGUUGAGGGUCGAGGAGCAGGGGUGGCCGAGCACGGUGGGGUUUUUGGCGGGGGUGUGGGAGGGGGGCGAGGCGGCGAGGGCGGCGAGGGCGUUUGUGAAGCCCCAGUUUUUUGUUGAUGCUGUGGAUUGUGCGCGGGUGCAUGUGGUGGCGGCGGUGAGGGGGGAUGUGGUGGGGGAGAGGGUGUAUGCGUUUGGGGAGAGGUUUUCGUGGAAUGGGGUGCUGAGGAUCUUGAAGAGGCGUUAUCCGCAGAGGACGUUUGAUGAUGAGGAUGAAGGGGAGGGGGAGUUUUUGGUGGAGGCGCCGAAUGAGCGGGGUGCUGGGCUGUUGCGGGACAUGGGGCAAAGCGGGUGGACGAUCUUGGAAGAUAGUGUGGUCAAGACAGUGGAGACGGCGAAGCUGUUGUCGAGUUCAUCGUGA